UGUUCGCCAGUGCACGUUCGCCUUGAACACAGAGCGUAUCGGGUGUUACAUCGUCGACGCGGAAAAAUACAUUUCGUUCGGCUGUACACGAUGUUGUCACCAGCGUGAGUGCGUCAACGAAGCAGAACCGUGUAUCCGUCGGGAUUACUAUGCGACCUGCUGCGCGUCACUCUCUUCGCCACCAAUUACGUCGUAAUGCGUAACGCGUAGUUAGAGAAGAACGUUAUCUAGGAUCUGGAAGCGAGUGUCUUUCACGCUGACUCAAAGAAAUCCGUGACGUGGACGAGACCGGCGUCGGUGAUUGUAUUCUACCUCGCGAGGAAGCGGAUCGGUAACUCGGUCCUCGCGUAAAAAGCACAGAAGUUUGCUCGUCGACGAGAACAUGCGUGUGGGCGCGCGUUUGACGAGCCGCAGCUGAGAUGCACGUCGUGGCGAAUCGUUUCGCGAUGAACUGAUCUCGCGAUUCGACGGACGAUACGCGCGUUUCCGGGUUUGUGUCCGUGAUCGUGCGUGACCGCAGAGGACACAGAGGAGGUGGACGAGACACAAGAUAAAGAACACGAGGAGAAGAAAGCGGCGGAGGAGUGAAAAAUGAGGGCCUCGUUACUGUUGCUGGGGGGCAUCGUGGUAUUCUCACUCGCGGUCGCGAGGGCACUCUCUUGCGUAUGCUCGCCAUUCGAGUGUGAUAUUCUCACCGACGACGAUUGUCCCGGAGGCCUCACCUGGGACCCCUGCAGAUGCUGCAAGGUGUGCGCUCGCGUCGAGGGAGAGCCGUGCGGUGGACUGUUCGGUUUCUCCGGAAGUUGCGCCGACGGCUUACAAUGCGUCAUCAAAAAUUUGCUGCCCAACACCCGGGAGGUGGACGAAGGAGUCUGCACGAAGAUCCCGGGCAGAUGGAGGAGGCAUUGCACGCAUGGGCCGAUAAUGUCCGAGCCGGGUUGCAACCUGGUGUCUGAGGGAACCGCUGGACAGAACGGGAACACCGUCUCGACCGGAAGAUGCGUCUGCGGACCGUCGGUGCCUUGGUGCCCGAACGAGCCGCGCCCUUACGAUUAUGCCACUCGACGCGAGUGCACGCUCAACUUGGCUGCGAAGAUGAACUACGAUGACCUCUUUAAUUCCGGAAACUCGGCAAGCGACGACGUUGAGGGUGAGUCACUUUUAGUCAAUUUCGAAAGUUUCUCGGGGGAGUUUUAAUUGAGUGUGUUUAGUAUUCAUCGACUAUUGAGUUUGAGGGAUCCGAGUGAAAUUACACGAGUACGCUUGUGUUAACGAACUAUACGUCCCGGUAGCUUCCAAUUUGUCCGGAUUUUUGCCACUGCGUCGUAUUGAUACAAAAAAAAAAAAAAAAAAAAAAAAAAGAAAAUGGUAAAAAAACUACUCGAGUUUUAGACACGAAAAUAACAUUCCCCGGUUAUUCGAGAAUAUUAUUACACUAAAUCAAUUUGUUCCAUUGGUCGUUUGCAAUUCUUCUCUCUUGAAAAAUAAAAAUACUUUAAACAAUGACAACACCUCUCCAAAGCAAUGUCUCUCCAGUUACUCGGGAAUUAAUUUACUUGAGAAAAUAAUAUCAACUUAACGUUACUGGCAAUCCGUUGUUUCGCUAAGCGUUUAAUUACAAUCUACAGCGAGAUGCAGUAAUUAGUUACUUUUGCAAGAGAAAACAAUAAAUCGAGAAAUGGGUGAAAAAGGGAAGAAUAUUUUCGUCAUAAUUCCCCCAUC